ACCAUGAAUAAGGAAGCCAUGGAUUGGUUCUCGUGGCUCUCGAGAACCGACCUCAACCCGGCUCUCGUCUAUCAGUACACUCUUAUGUUCAACCAUAACGAGCUCGUGCAAGAAGACAUACCUUAUUUCAGCCACGAGUUUCUUCAGAGCAUGGGCGUCAAAGUUGCCAAACAUCGCUUGGAGAUCCUCAAAUUAGCGAGGGAAGAGAAUGGCGGAGGAGGAAGAAACGUUCGGUUGAUCCUAUGGCUUGUGCUGGCGAUCAAGCAAGCUAGGAAGUAUCUCGCCAGGCACGUCCGGGCAUUGGUUCAUCGUGAGAAAUCGUCGGCUCUUUCCGUGGUGCCUCCGAGGAACCAUAGCUUGAGAUGGAAAGUAGCUAUGGUGCAGAGGAACAAGAGGCUCAGGGCAUCAGAAUCCCCGAUGACAAGGAGUGGCAGUCCUUUGUCGGUUCCCAGCCACGGAAUGCUGAUGCUGACCGAGGGGAGCCAUGUUGGCGACUCCCGGAACUCGGACUCGACCCAAAGCUUGACCUGGGUCGAGACCGAGGGAAAUGUCGAGCCGGGGUUUGUCAGAAAGGAUGUGCUCACGAACCUCGCCUCGAAUAGCAGCUUUUCGAGCUCUGUGAUUCAUUCACUAGACGGCGAAUAUUGGUCGGAAGAAAUCAAGUGGGAUGCAAUGUUUCAGGACAUGAAGCCGACGUAAUGUUAAAGAGAUAUAUUACCUCGUUGCAGCGCUUCACGGUCCGGUUUGUGUAUCGUCUGCGCUGCUUAUAGAGUUAUCGUGUAAUCCGAAAAGCUCCAUGUACAUGAAACCAUUAUCAUAAAUUACUACUAGAUCACAAUCCUAUCAUACUUCUUCAUCAAUACUUCCUCAGAAUCUUACCUGAUGCCCUCGAAAGUUAAUAGUACAAAAAUAUCUGAAGAAAAUAUAGUUAUCUGCAACUCUUGCCCGAUCCUUCGACAAAGAUUGACAACAGCAAGUAAUGACUUCAAAACUUCAUUAGUAGUGGCUAAAGUCGUCGAUUCAUGAUACAAAAAACAUCAAUAGAAGGAAGGUUAAGACGCCCAUCCAUAAUGUCCUCGGAAUUGUCUUAGAUCUGCAACAAAGAACUGCAUUUUUCUUUCAAUCUUCCCCUUCUCGGAGGCUUUUUUUUCUUUUUCUUCUUCUUCUUCGCCGCCCCUUCACCUACAGCAAUAAGUAAAUCAACUUCCGAAACAUCUUUAGGCUCAUAAAAGCUUCCAAGAUAUGUGGUUGAUGUCGAUGCAGUCAAAAGUGGAUCGACCAGAUUUGUCUCAUCUUCGCCAACUAAUUCUUUUGAACUAGAGUUAUUACGCUUUGCGGGAACAAUGUCAACA